AUGAAUGUCGAAGAACUUCGUUAUUCUCCUGGUGAUGUGAUAAUGGUACAUCCGAACAACUUGAGUGAAACACUUAGUAUAGCUUACGAAGCACUCAAUAUUGAUGAUGAUUUGCUGAAUCGUCCUAUUACAUUACGCUCACGUGAAACAUGUAUUUCACUGCCUCCUUCUUAUCUUUAUAAAGACAAACUAUCUUUACGGCAAUGUUUUGAAUGUUAUUUUGAUUUGCAAAUGGUUCCACGCAGAUCAUUUUUUCGGACACUUGGAAAGUUGUCGACAAUAAACGAUGAGAAAGAACGACUUCUUGAAUUAGCGAAAGAUAUUGAUGAUUACAUGGAUUAUUGUUGGCGACCUAGGCGAACAAUUGCAGAAACAUUGCGAGACUUUCAUGCGACAGCUCGAGAUAUACCUGUGGAAAUGCUUUUCGAAGUUUUUCCUCUAAUUCGUCCACGAGCAUUCAGUAUUGCUUCAUGUCCAUUAACACAUGCAGCUAUCCAGUUGCUUGUUGCCAAAGUGGAAUAUAUAUCGAAACGAAUAACGGCUACACGAUUAGGUUUAUGUAGUAAUUAUUUAAGUCGAUUACAAGAAGGUGAUACUGUCCUGGUGAAAAUUCGUCCAGGAACUUUUAGAUGGCCUACCAAAAAUGACAGUUUAAUAUUGGUUGGACCAGGUACUGGAGUAGCACCGUUCCGAUCAAUUUUAGCUUAUCGUAAAAAACAAUUGCGUGAUGAGAAAGAAAAUUCAAUAUUAUUUUUUGGAUGUCGAGGAGCUCAGAAAGAUUUUUAUUUCGCUGAAGAAUGGCAAAUAUUGACAGAAGCUCGGAUCAUAACAGCAUUUAGUCGAGAUCAGCAAAAUAAGAUUUACGUACAAAAUAGGAUUGAAGAGUACGGUAACGAAAUAUGGAAUCUGUUAAAAAAUAAUAACGGUUAUCUUUUUAUAGCAGGGAAAGCUGGUGAUAUGCCAGUUGAAGUAACUGCAUGCAUAGAAAAGAUUGCUGAUGAAAACGGUGUAAAUGGUAAACAAUUCAUACAAAUGCUUGAAGCAAAAGGUCGACUACAAUAUGAAACAUGGAAUUGA